CAAUCGCGCCAAAACGUUCAGAGAUUUUCAAACUGGUACUGCUUGCAAAUAAAAAGAAAGCUUGUUGCAUUGGUAUAUUGCAACAAUACAUCGCAGCACCAGAACGCCACAGACAAUCAGCUGGUGCAGAAAAGGCAAAGUGACAUCGGCCUGGAGAUAAUGAACACGGUCACGGAGAGCUAUCUUCCCCUAAACUCUAAAAGGAAACAUAGAGAGAACAGCAAAUCGCCGGCCAAGCGUCCCCAAGACAUGCACAACAGCAGCGAUGGCGAGCAAGGUGGGCAGUUGCUGGAUUGUGCGGGUCUGGCUGCGUCAGCAACCGGCAAAAAGCCCCCUCGGAUGCCGAAGUGUUCUCGCUGCAGGAACCACGGCUAUGUGUCCCCCCUGAAGGGCCACAAGAGAUUCUGCACCUGGAGAGACUGUCAGUGUCAGAAAUGUAAACUGAUUGCAGAACGACAGCGAGUCAUGGCGGCCCAGGUAGCACUGAGGAGGCAGCAGGCACAGGAGGAGGAGCUGGGCAUCUGCAACCCUGUUCCACUUCCAGACACAGAUCUGCUCAUCAAAAGCGAAGGCACUGGAAACAGCUCCUGCUUGUUUGCUCCAGGGGGAGGGUCCCCUUCUUCAGCCUCAGCCAGCACAGCACCAUCCUCUUCAGUUACAGAGAGCCGUACCAAUCUGCAAGACAGUCCAUCUGUCACCAGUAGAGGGCACACAGAGAGCACACCUGAGCUGAUUGUUGAUUCCUCCUACUACAGCAACUUCUACCAGCCAUCCCGCUACCCAGCCUACUACAACAACCUGUACAACUACCAGCAGUACCAGAUGCAAAACAGUGAGAGCCGUUUAUCCAGCCACAACGUGACACCUCAGUACCGGAUGCAUUCAUACUACUCUGCAGCCUCUUACCUGGGCCAGGGCCUUGGCACUGCUGCCUGUGUGCCUCAGCUCUUCACCCUGGAAGACAACCCAACCUACACCGAGCCAAAGACAAGCCUAUUUUCGCCAUCAAGUAGCCAUGAUUCGGGACUUGCCUGUCUAUCCAUCAGCUCCCUGGUUGGCUCUGAAAGCACUAAGCAGGAGUGCGAAACCAAUUCUGAGUCUGGAGCCUUCACCGUGGAUUCCAUCAUUCAGGGGUCCAGUGAGUAACCCUGGGCAGGCUGUCAGCAGGGGCCUAGGUGAACAGGCUGCUACUGGUGUUUCCGUUCUAAAAGAAUGGACCUAUCUGGAUCCUUCACAAUCUUAACUUUAUACUUAAGUUUGCCCUUUGCCAGUCAGACUACAUUUAAAUUUUGUUCAAAGAAAAUGUGAAUGAGAAAGUCAUUGCAUAUGCCCUGUGUAAAACAAGUUGUAUACAGUAGAACCUUGUAGUUAUGAACACCUUGGGAAUGGAGGUUGUUCGUAAGUCUGAAGUUUUCAGUGGUUUUAAUAAAUGUGCACUCCUGCUAUCUACAACCUUACUCUGGCGUAUAAUACAAAGACACAGCACAGUAAUGCAGUAUUCAUUGUUAUGGUUUGAUAGGCUUUAAAACAUUACUGUACAUGGUAGUAUACCAGUUUAACUGAAAUCGUAACUAGCAGAAAUACAGAUUUAAACAUCCAGGAAGAUAUGGGUUAAUGUAAUGCUUGUUUUUAUUUUAGACAAAAUGCAUUCAUGCACCUUGCUGAGUCAUUCAGCCUCCUUCCAUUUGGGGGAAAAAAAAAAAACUGCUUUGUUUAAAACUAAAAUGUUCUGAGUAAAAUUGCAUUUACUUGCUUUGAAAUCUGCCUCACCUUUGUCUGGAUGCAUUUCUUGGUUCAGUAAUUUUGCCAUCUUCAUGACCAGCAAGCCCACUUAUAAGUAAGACUGUAUUUUAUUAAUGGUUAUCACGGAUUUCAUGAUUUCUAUGAAAUUGCCAUGUAAUAUGUAGUUCCCUGUUAAAAUUCCCAUUUCUGAAAGAAUAGUGUAUAUAUAUAUAUAUAUAUAUAUAUAAUUAACUAAGAUUGAUGUGCUUACAAUAGCACUGCUGUUGUUUUGACGAAUGGUAAAAUGAAUCAAAACACAUCGUUUUUUUCCCUUACUGUGGUUUUAAUCUCCCUGCUAGGUUAAUGAUGUGGCAUUAGUACAUAGUGAUUCCCUUAAUCAGGUGGAAGUAAAGGAGCAGAACAGAGUAACACCAUCAAAGGUAUCAUAAUAACAUGCUAAACUUUAUAAAUUAAAGCAUGUACAUUUGUUUGUUGUAUGCUGCCUUAGGUUUGUGAAGUUGGGUAUGUAGGUAGGAGAUUUGAAAACUUGAUGUGAAAACUUUGUAAACUGUUGCUGGUAUCAGGAGGUACCAAAACAUGAGAAUCACAUACAUGCUACUGAGAAGCACAACCCCCCCCCCCCCCCAACCCUAACCCUAACCCCCCCAGUGAAAUAAUGAAACAUCAGUUUUGGGUAGUCUGACAAUCACAUUUAGUCACAUUGAAAUUCUUCACCUGCGCAGUUAGUGAGACACAGUUUUGUCUGUUCUGGUCAUCAUUUGUUACCCCUGGGCUUGAGGAUAAUGUCUUUCUGAUUUCUGCUUUGUGUUUAUGUGUUGAAAGCUGUGUCACUGGAAAGGUGCAUGCGCUGUUUCUUUUGAUUGUUAUAAGAAUAAAGGGGGGUGUUACAAUGACCACAGUGGACAUCUGCGAACAUUUCAACCAGUUAAUUGUGCGAAAUGUGUGUUAUUUAUGGGAUAACAAAUAAACAAAUAUAAUUUCUGCAAUAUGAAAAAAGUGCAUUAAAUUGUGAACUAUGCAUGUGAGAAAGUCGCAUAUUAGUUAUAUUAUUCACAAGUAUUUUUAUGAACAAAUACUCAUCAUAUACAUGUUAUUGAAGCACCAAAACAAAUCUAGGUUUGAUAGCCCAUUGAAAAGGGUCAUUGCUCUGAGACUGUGUGUGUGUCAUUGAGGAAUGUGUGAAUAAUCAGAAUACCUAUAAAAGCUUUAAACACAAGAUCAGCUAAAUUUGAUCUGACCGCAAUGAUCUUUAUUUGUUACCAAACUGUAAAAUGUGUUAGCUGUGCACAACUACUUACUCAUUCCAGUGCUCAUGCAGUAAGAUUUCUGAAUAUAACUUACUUUCAAAAACAUCACUAGAGAGGGUUGAUUUGACCAACCUGUACCCCCCCAGGAUAACCAACGCCUGGAUUUUACAACCUCUCAGUCCUGGGAUCACACCGGAAACGUGUGGUUCAUGCAAUCUAAGUGGAUUUACCUGUUCUAUGAAAUGCUCUAAAAUAUUCUUUGUGUGGCUUAUCACAGCAGGGUAUAGUGAUCCCUAGGUAUAUCUACAAUAUUAAACUAUACAUCUAAAUAAAUUAGGGGGUAAGCCAAUAAAUAUUUGCUUUAAGUAGAGUUGCUUAAGAAAUGAGAAAAUGUGCUGAUGUUCUGUGUCCUAGUUCUUUGAGUUUUAAAACAACACAUGUCUUAUUAAGCCAGAAAUCUGAUUCUGGUAAAAAUGAGAAAUGUAAUUACCUUUUUUGUCCGGUGUUACUGUUGUUGUUAUUGCUACUGUUAGGUUGUUGAGCUGAGGUAUUUCAUAUAACAUUUUUUCAUAAACUUUCAUAUGUUGUUCAUACUAAACGGGGAUAGUAACUAAAUAUAUUUUUGUUGUAUAAUUAAAGAUAUAACAUUAUGAAACCAUUGCCUUCUAAUAUGUAUUCAAAAUGAACCAAAGUUGAUUUCUUUUAAUAAGAAAAAUGUUUUACUAAGACUAUUAACAUGUGCACAUUACUGUUUUGAUAGUUUUGUUAAAAUGUUUUAAUGAACAAAGCAGUGUGAAAAAAUCCAUUGUAGUUACCAAGUUUAUGGAAAUAAAAAUGUUAUUGAUGA